UAUACCAAAGAUAAUGAAGACUACGUUUCUUAUUCCCUUUAAAUCUUUUUCAAGAACAGUCGUCCAUGAUGACCAAGCUGACGAUCAUCAAGACCAUAAUAAGCAGAAGGAGCAGCAAUACGACAGUCAAAACGAUGUCGUUGGAGCUUGUACAUCACUGACAGUGUGGAGAAAGUCACUCUUGAUGAGCUGCAAUGGUUUUACAGUGAUCGAUUCCAAUGGAAAUCUCAUCUACCGUGUCGACAAUUACAUGGGAUUUCGACCAGAAGAAAUCACUCUCAUGGAUGGCUCCGGAAAAUCCAUUCUCACAUUAAUGCAUCGUCGUACGAAGCUUGGACUAGUGGAUAGUUGGCUUGUGUACGAAGGAGAAAGAUUAGAUCAUAAUAAAAAGAUUGUUAGAAGAUCAAAAUCAUUAUCAUCAUCAUCAUCAACAUCAACGUCAAAAAAGCCAAUUUUCUACGUGAGGAAGAACAUCAAUCUUUUGAUCAAUGGUUACAAAUCACAUGUUCUUGCCUACGUGUUUCGAGGUAGUUCGUCGGAUGAAAGAUCAUCAUCAUCAUCAUCGUCACGUGCUAAUUACGUGAUUGAAGGUUCUUACAGUCAACGAUCGUGUAAAGUGUUGGAUAAGUGGUCUAAUAACAAAGUGGUGGCUGAAAUUAAAAGAAAGGAAGAGUGUGUUGGAGGAGUGUCGUUUGGUGCUGAGGUUUUUCAGCUGAUUGUUCAGCCUGGUUUUGACCCCACUUUUGCUAUGGCUUUUGUUCUGUUGUUGGAUCAAAUGUUCUCUUGAAUUUUCUAAGUUAUAUUUAUUUUAGUAUAAACAUAAUAUCAUGUAUAGUAUACAUGUUGUAAUUGAGUAAAAAGGGUUUGUUUUAUUAGUGCCCAACUUACCUAAAUAGACACAGAUAUAGUUAAGCUACAAUUUUGACAAUCUUGGUUAAGCAGUGUUUAUAUGUAUUAAAAGUCCAUGAUUAUUUUUUCUCAA